AUGUCCACCUCUGCCGAUACCAAGAAAGCCGACCACCUUUGUGUCCUCGUCCAUGGUCUGUGGGGGAACCCUGAGCACCUGAAAUAUGUCAGUACCACACUGGGCGAGAGAUUUCCAGAAAACAAACUUCACAUCCUCGUGGCCAAGCGCAACGCUGGCAGCUUCACCUACGAUGGUGUCGAUACUGGCGGCGAGCGUGUAGCAGAAGAGGUCGAGGGCAAGAUAGAAGAACUAGCCAAAGCCGGACACGACAUAACUAAGAUCAGCGUCGCCGGCUACUCGCUAGGAGGCUUGAUCGCACGCUAUGCCAUCGGUCUGCUCUAUCACAGAGGCGUCUUCGAGAAGAUACAGCCAGUCAACUUCACGACCUUCGCGACACCACAUCUCGGCGUGCGAACGCCCCUCAAAGGCUACCACAGCCACAUAUGGAACGUCUUGGGAGCGCGAACGCUUUCCAUGAGCGGCAGACAACUGUUUGGCGUCGACAAGUUUAGAGACACAGGCCGAUCGCUCCUAUCUGUACUCGCAGACCCCGAGAGCAUCUUCAUCCGAGGCCUUGCGCAGUUCAAGCACCGAAGUCUAUACGCAAACGUCGUGAAUGACCGAACAGUCACAUACUAUACCGCCGGCAUCUCACAAACCGACCCCUUCGUCGACCCAGACGACAUCAAGAUAAACUACAUCCCAGACUAUGAGGAAGUUAUCGUCGAUGGCGAUCACCCAGUCUCGCCAAAGGAGCCUGAAGAACCCCCAGCUUUCUCACAACGACUGGCGCAAGGCACAAGGACAAUACUGGGACGGGCGACGAUCGUCGCAGUUCUGACGGUCUUCAUACCAUUUGGUGUGUCGGCCUUCCUCAUCAACUCGGCUGUUCAGACGAUUCGCAGCGGUCAACGCAUAAGACUACACGAAGAAGGCAGAUCUGGCAUCGACUACGCACGCUACCGCAUACCCAACAUGAUCACUGCCAUGCGACGAGAAGCCGAGGGCAUGUAUGAGAACGCGAACCAUGCCCAGAGCCAAGAUUAUCUGAGCGAGGGCUUCGAACAUGUGGCCUCUCCCACCCAGCCCAUCUCACCGCGCUCGCGCAAGGAUAAGCCCAAAUCGGACGCCGAUUCGAUACAGGAGCAAAAGGAUGCUGCGAAGGUCAUUUUCCCGACAUUGGCCCUUACCGAUGACCAAUUCAAGAUGAUCGAAGCGCUGGACAACGUGGGCUUCAUGAAGCACCCGGUCUACAUACAUAACCACCGACACUCCCACGCGGCCAUUAUCGUGCGUAUGAACAAGCCUUCAUUCAACGAGGGCAGGGUGGUCAUCAAGCACUGGCUUGACAACUUCGAACUCUGA